GCGGUCACAUUAUAAAUGUGAAUAAUAUUUGUCGUCUGUGAUUCACAUUCUGUUCUUUGUCAUAGAAACACUAUAAACGAUCACAUUUCAGUGCUCAGUCCGUUUUGAUCGUUUGUAUUGUGAACACCAAAUUAAGUGCAGAGCCCGAUUCGUUAGAGAACCAAACAUUUAUAUUCAGUUAAAAUGAAAUUGUUCAUUGCUUCAGUACUCUAUUUGGUCGCUGUCACAUCAGCCCAAAAUCCGAAUAAAUGCAGCCUACGGUCAGCGGAUAUACCACGUGAUUUCUUGGACAUGAGCAUUGGUUGCAAAAAAGAGGUGCGUCGUCAAAUCCAAGAGGAAAUCAAUGCAAGUAUGCAAUACUUGGCAAUGGGCGCUCAUUUUUCGCAAUCGACGAUCAAUUUGCCGGGUUUUGCUGAAUUCUUCUUCAAAGCGGCCGCUGAAGAACGCGAACAUGCUACCAAAUUAAUUGAGUACUUAUUGAUGCGUGGCCAAUUGACCGAUGACGUAUCAACCUUAAUCGAAGUCAAAAGUCCACCAACAGUGAGCUGGGAACGUGGUUUAGAUGCAUUGAAACAGGCACUCCGAACCGAGGCAAAGGUUACGAAGAGUAUAAAACAAGUGAUCGCCAGUUGUGAAAAUGACAGCCAUGAUCAUACCAAUGAUUAUCAUUUGGUCGACUUUUUGACCGGUGAUUUCUUGCAAGAACAAUACUCCGGCCAACGCGAUCUCGCUGGAAAAAUUUCCACAUUGGAAGGAUUGGUGCGGCAACAAGGAAGCUUUGGUGAAUUUUUAUUUGACAAAACAAUCUUGGGAUAAACACAUUGAGCAAUUUCAAUGAAUUCACCGCAAUGAAAACUAAGACGACAUGAAUGCAAACUCUGAAUUUCGAAUGCACUUUGGUCAUUUUGAUCAACAGUUCUUUAUUACUUCUACCAUUUUAGCACGCGAAGCACAUGAAUAUUCUUUUUGACAAUGUGUGUUUAAUUGUAAAUAAAGCAUUCAUUUUUUGUACUUCGUUGUGUUUCAGAUUGGAAUUUAAUAAAAAACGGAUAUAAUUUGAAUUCGAGUUUCUACAUUUUUAGACACACAAAACCGAGGCAUGACUUUGAGAUUGAAAUAUUUUGUCAAAAGCAAUUGGAACUCAAAUAAUUUGAUUUUUCAGGGAUGGAAAUAAUAAAAAACUAAAAAUUUCAAUAUUCUGUGUAACACAAGUGUUUUUUCUCGGUAUGUGAUGAUAUGAUACUUUCGUUUUGCAAAAAUUGAGCUAUCAAAAAUUAUCUGUUUCACCUUUGCAAAUACGGUCAUACAAUUAUGGAUUAAAUCAUUAUUAUUUAUUGAUUGCAACCAAUAUGUGUAUUUAAAAAAAAACAACUUUGAAAUCACCUUAAUUGUUGUUCAUUCAAAAAAGUCAAGUGUUUUUGUGAUUUUGUCGUUAUCUAUUUGUGAAAUCGCAUUUCUUUCUUAUUGUAUCAAGCCCAGACAUUCGAUAAAACUGGCGGAUUGAGUUAUUACUUUGAAAUAAAUCUGAAAACAGACAUGAAGUGGUUUUCGCAAAACGUGAGCAAUCAAACGGUUCAAUUAGCUUGAACGGAAGCAAAAUGGUCAGCAAACUAUUGCUAUCGUCCCAUGAGCGUAAUUGAAAUAAGGUAAUAAAUAUUGUGACAAUAGACUUUCGAUCUUUGGCAUAGAAAAAAGUUGAAAAACAAAAAAGAAAUGGUGUUCUAUUGUGUUUGUUCACGUAAUUGUGAUAAAAUUGGCGAGAGCAACGGCAGCAGCGAGUCAGCAAAUAUAUGUGCUACUCAAGUGGUGUGCGAUAAUAAUAACGCAAAUAUUCCACAGUUCAGAUACUUUGUCAGAAAUAAACGCAGCUGUGAAUGUCAUUGUUUCUCUUUUUUGCUUUCAAUGGGAUACACAAAUAGUGUGUGUAUAUCUGUUGUAUGCCUGUGACAGUGAGUCCAACGCGUGUUGGUGCGACGGCAACAACAGCAACAACGAAUGCGAUAUUGGAAUGAGGAGAAAUAGAGUAAAAAAACAAACAUGGCGGCCGUUGUGCUUAAGUGUAUGUCACAAAGUUCGUCACAACCCUCGUAUAGUACUGUGAGUGAAGUAUAUCAGUUCACAUUGUAUUGGUACAUCCGAUUGUAAAAUACAACGCAAUUUAAUUACCCAUUUCAAUUGAAGUGUACGCAGUAAAUUCGUUGAAAGUUGCCGUUUUAUAAACGUCGAUUUUUCACCAAAUCCAACAGUUCAUUUUGGAUCGCCUUCUAUGCCAGUGCGUGUAAAGGUCGAUUUAUCGUCUCAUACCGUUUUUACUAAACGCUCUACUAUCACCCCGAGAUUUACAUUAUAUUCAUUGUGACAAAGACACUGCAAUUCCGAGAGCACAAUCAACAUCUACGUUCAGUUCACUUUGAUCAGUUGUAUAGUGAAGACACAGUUAUAGAAAAAAAAAUUUUUUCGUUCAAACCAAAAUCAAAGAAGUGAAAUUAAAAUGAAGAUGCUCAUUGCUUCAGUUCUAGUCUUGUUCGCUGUAUCAUCAGCGCAAGCCGAAGAUACAAUAAAAUGUAAGUGCAUUUAAUUGGUGUGUUGGUUGUUGUUGUUUAUUUUUUGAAUGGUUUAUCGAAUUAAAACGCAAAUUGUCGCUGUGGACUAUGCACCGCGAUAACUGAAUGCUGUGCGGAUAUUACGGUUUCUUUGUUCAGAUACAUGGGCGCACGAAUGACACAUUCAACGAUAAAUAUUCUGUUUGUUGUUUUUGCUCUUCCAAACUAUUUGUGAUUCCAUCAAUGUAUACCGAAUCAGCGGAAUUUCAUUGAAAAAAAACAUUUCCGAGAAUAAGAAAAAAAUAAUUCACCCUGGAACGGGGAAAAAGUGUGGAAUUGCAUAAAUAGAAGCACUAGUGAUGAAAUGUUGUGAAAUUGAUUGACCUCAUCACGUCCGAUGCAUGUCAUUCUACGUUGUACUUUUCCGCCGUUCCCCGUUUUUCUUCUUCGCAUUGAGUGCAUGUGUUUGGGACGGCAAUAUCAGUUGCGGGAUUCUCAUGUGACCAAUUUUGUGACAAAUAACUUUGUUUUUUUAAUCAAAUGACAGCUGAUUUGGUUUUUUUUUUUGCUGUUCGGACCAUCGGAAUUUUUGCUUAUCAUCCUGUUUAUGACUCUAUUUAUUCGAUGCCAUAAAUCUUCUAAAACCAAUUUCAACGUUGAUCAAGCAUUUGCGCGUGUUCGCCGAUAUUUUAUUUCUCGAGUAUCACCUUUCUAGAAUGUUUUCGAAAUUUGACAUGCGUUCAUUGGAUGUAUGCUGUUUAUCGUAAUUAGCCGUUAUAAAUGCGUGAUUGCGUUUGAAUUUGCUAGAUAAAUCGUAAUUGAAAUUUCGUAUAGAUGUUCUGGAAAAUUUAUCGCGUAAAUGCUCACAUUGAUGGAUCAGUAAUGAUUAUAUUUAUCCAAUCAUGAUUAGAAAUGCUGUUUUUCGUCAUUUUUACAUGAAAUUUCUCGGUUUUGAAUUAUUCUCAUUCAAAAAAAACAUAUUGACAAGAAAUGAAUCGAUGACGCGAUUUUUUCUAUAAUUUGUCAACGAUUUUUUUCUCGGGCUUCUUUGUUUUUUUUUCGACAUUUUUGCGUAUCCACUUUUUUCAAAUUUGUUUAUUCUUCAAAUAAAAUAUCAUUUGAUGUUUGAGAGAAAAAAAACCUCGAUCUCAUGAAAAUUAAUAAAAUGGUUUUCAUGUAAAUUGUUUCUCAAAAUAGGUACACCACCAAAUGGCGACGUUCCGGAAGACUUCAAGGAUAUGACCAAGGGUUGCUUCGACAAGAUGCGUAGUCAAAUUCAAACCGAAAUCGAUGCUAGUAUGCAAUACUUGGCAAUGGGUGCCCAUUUUGCUCAAGACACCAUCAAUCGUCCUGGUUUUUCGGAAUUCUUUUUCAAAGCGGCUGCUGAAGAACGUGAACAUUCUCACAAAUUGAUUGAGUACUUGUUGAUGCGUGGCAAUUUGACCGACGGCAUUUCAACAUUGAUAACCGUCAAUGUAAUUUAUUUAUUUUCUCCUUCAUAAUCUAUUCCGUAGAUUUAUUAUGAGUUGAUCUAAAAAUGCCUCUCGAAAACAUUGUCGUUUGGCCGAGUUUCGAGUGCAUUUAAUAGCUUUCUUUUUAUGAUUUUAUGACAGUGUUAUCAAUCAUUGAUUUUUAUCUACAAUAAUUUUUUGUUGCAGCUUCCAAAAAAAACAUUAUGGACAACCGGUGUCGAAGCAUUGAAAGACGCACUCAAAUACGAAGUCUCAGUAACAAAGAGCAUUAAGGGAGUUAUCGCACAGUGUGAAGAAGACCCAGUUAAAACCGAUGAAGGUGUCCAGAAUGUCAACGAUUAUCAUGUAUGCUCCUUUUCUUGUGUUUUUUUUUCUUCAUUCACACCAAUUUCAUAUGACAAACACUAAACUGAAUGGUUAUAUCUUUGCAGCUUGUCGACUAUUUGACUGGUGUUUACUUGGAAGAACAAUACCACGGUCAACGCGAUCUCGCCGGAAAGAUCUCGACAUUGGACAAAUUGAUGAAAAGCCACGGACCAUUGGGAGAAUUUUUGUACGACAAAAAACUCUUGGAAUAAAAACUCACAAGCAGUUUCCAAUGCAAUUCAAAAUUCAUCAUUUUGUUUGCACCACCAGUUUAUGGUUGAAAGAAAAAAAAACAAUUUAGUUUUUUUUAUGCUCUGUACUUUGCGUACUACUUGCGCUUGUGAUCACAAAAUGAAAUAAAUAGAUUAGUCCGAUAAUUGGAAUAUUCAAAUCAAAGCAUUCAAAUGCCAUACUGUAUAUGAUUUUCAAGUAGAUGCUAGCACUUUCAAAUGGUGGAAAGUUCUUUAUACCGUUCAUAGAAUAUUAUUCGGUUAUAAUUAAUCCAAAAAUACCGCGCAUGGAAUGACAUUAACUAUUCGAGCAAUGAUUGAUUGAUGAAUAUAAAAUUCCUUUAUUUUGACAUUUUUAUGAAAUAAAUAGUUAACACAAGCGUUUAGAACAAA